AUGGCGGACUUAGAUAUUUGUCUUGUUGUUGAUACUCCCUUUGUUGUUAUUCUAGUGUGUGCCAUAACAGCGGCAACAGUAAAAGAUGGUAAAUAUUCACGUUUUGCGCAUAUACGGGAUGAUGAAGGAGUAUUGCGGCGAGUUGAUUUGGAGGCAGCACCCAACACUGACUUCAUAAAACAUGUUGCGAGGAAUCCUGCCAACAACGCAUACUAUCUUUACACAAGACAAAACCCGACAUCGCCUCAGGAGCUCACGUUCAAUGCUGCGAGCAUCACUUCGUCCAAUUUCAACGCGAACGCUCCCACCGUGGUCUCCGUGCACGGCUGGUGGGGCAACGCUGAUACUUCAAACAAUGUCGUUAUCAGGAAUGCUUUUCUUGAAAAGGGUGACUACAACGUCAUUGUUAUGGACUGGAGUCAGCUGGCCGCCCAAGACUAUGUGACCGCAGUGGCUGGGAUACCUGCCGUGGGCGGCGGUCUUGGACAAUUCCUGAACUUCCUCGGCCUUACCACGGGGAUAGCGUUCGAGUCCAUUCACCUGGCUGGCUUCAGUCUGGGCGCCCACGUCGUUGGUAACGCCGGGAAGCAACUGAACGGAAGACUGGCGCGAAUUACUGGUUUGGAUCCCGCCGGUCCCCUGUGGGAUUUGAAUCCGAACCGCCUCCAUUCCAGCGAUGCUAUUUACGUGGAAGCUAUCCACACUGACGCGAGCCCCAACGGAGUCGGUAUCGGCUUCAUGGUGACCGUCGGCCACGUGGACUUCUUCCCCAACGGUGGGCUCGCCCAGCCUGGCUGCACCACCAGCCAGUGCCACCACAACAGAGCGUGGGAGAUGUUCGCAGCAUCUGUGACUUACGACCAUCUCACUGGCAGACAGUGUUCUAGCAUUUCUCAAGUUCUCAACGAUAACUGUGUUGGGCAAUCUUUGAAUAUGGGCAACGCUGAUUUGCAGAAGCGAGGGUAAGUGAUUCAGAUUUUUUUUUAACCAACUUCAUUAAAGUUGAUUAUCAAAUCAAAGAUUACGAUAUUAUACCUACAGGAUGUCCCUGUAUAAUACA